UUUUUCUCUCUAUAAAUUAACCAGUAAUCUCCUCCCCCCAUUUGCAGAGAGAGAGACACAGAGGAAAUCGAAAUAACAAAUUAUCAGUUACCAAUUCCAUGGAAGAUCUGAAGCCAAGCCCUGCAAAUUCCUCUCCUCUUACGCCAAUUGGCUUCCUCGACAGAGCCGCCACCGUCUACGGCGACUGCCCUUCAGUCAUCUACGGCUCCACUGCCUACACGUGGUCCCAGACCCACCGUCGAUGUCUUCAACUCGCUUCUUCCCUCUCAUCCAACGGCAUCCACAGGGGCCACGUCGUCUCCGUCGUCGCUCCCAACACCCCCGCCAUGUACGAGCUCCAGUUCGCCGUUCCGAUGGCCGGCGCCGUCCUCAACAACAUCAAUCUCCGCCUUGACGCCCAUACCAUCUCCAUGCUCCUCCGCCACAGUGAAUCCAAGCUCAUCUUCGUCGAUCAGGCUUCUUGCUCCCUUAUUAACGACGCCUUGAAUUUGUUUCCAACAAAAUCCAAACGGCCGGUGCUCGUCCUUAUUGCGGACGAUGUUGCGACAGAGGAGUCUUCUUCACCGAUUUUCGGUGAUUUCGUUGACACGUAUGAGGGAAUGGUGGAGAAAGGGGAUCCAGAGUUCCGGUGGAUUCGACCGCUGAGCGAGUGGGAUCCAAUUGUUUUGAAUUACACCUCUGGAACAACGUCGUCGCCGAAGGGAGUGGUCCAUUGCCACAGAGGAAUUUUCAUGGUGACUCUGGAUUCGCUUCUCGAAUGGGGCAUCCCUAAGCAAUCGGUUUAUUUAUGGACCUUGCCGAUGGCGGCGGUGGUGGCGCGACCGGAUGAGUUCUGGGGGGAGACGCCGUGCGCGUUCGUGAGCUUGAGAGAAGGAUUGAGUCGGAGGCCGACGGAGGAAGAGAUAAUUGAGUACUGCAGAGGGAAGCUGCCGCGGUUUAUGGUGCCGAAGACGGUGGUUUUCAAGGCAGAACUGCCGAAGACGUCGACGGGGAAGAUCAAGAAGUUCGUGCUUAGGGAGAUUGCCAAGUCGAUGGGCCCUGCACGGGCGAGUCGCUUGUAGAAUCAUUGGAUUCAUCCUCAACGACGAUUUUACUUAAUUAUCUUAUCCAAUAAGCUGUGCGUUUACAGUUAAAACAUGUGUCAGGGGGAUAAAUCAGCCCAUUUUGACUCAUUCUUGGCGCCAUGUUACGUGGCUUGAGAUUAAAGUCAUCUGAUUUCUUUGACAUUAGUUGGUUAGUCGUUUUUAUAUUAUUGUUUAAGUUAAAUCACGAAUUCCGUCCUCAUAAUUUGGACGGGGAUUUAAUUUGGUCUGUUUACUUGUUAAAGUUACAAUUUACUCCAUCAAAAAUCAAACUCAUUUUGUUAUAUUUUA